CGUGGUACCUGGUACCAAGAUUGAACAUGCACAUAUUCGCGACAUAAUUAAACAAACAAUAAUAUUCCUACUGAGUCGCGGGACUACGGUAAUAAAUUCUGCAAAUAGUUAAUAUCAAAUUUACCCAGAUGGUGUAAGAAAACACGUCGUUGUCUCUCAGCUGGCACAGGGGCUUCAGGGAUGAGAAUCUUCCGCGGAUUCGCGGAUUUCCGAAUCGUCUAGAUCCGCUUAGAAAAAAAAUUUUUUUUGGGGGGGGGGGGGACGGUACUUAUAAACGACCAUGCAGUUGACGACUGGAUAAGGUUGAAUAUCAAUAACUAUCUUAUUUACAAGCGCGUGUCCGCGUUCGUUGAUUGGAUCUUCGCGAUAAGACAGAGAGCGACGAUGUGGCUCUGAUCGUGCCCUGCAACGGCGAUUAGGUCAUUAGUCUCGAUUUUUAAUACUGUAAGACUAAGUGGACUUGUUUUGCAACAUAAUAUUGGCGUAAUAGACAACCUAGAUGUUUUCCAUAGCCAAGCAGACAGUUUGUUACGAAAUUGCAGACACUCACACGUGGAUUCAUUGCAUCACAAUAGCAAUUUACACGUUGAUUAUUGUCAUAAUAGCAAUUCACACGUCAUAAUAGCAAUUCACACCGGUAUUAGGAAUUGCUUUAGGUGGGCCUGGUUUGAAAAAAACGUGACAGUGCAUAUGGGUCAAGAUUCAGUCGUAACAAGGUUGGGUGACCACAUAAGGAAAGUUGAUGCCCCUGGAAAAGUCCUUUGUACCAUAUGUUCCGACAUCAUAAGUUAUGCCAGCAGAGGAGCUCAUACGAUUGAAGAACACAUCAAAACGAAGAAACAUAAAGGUUAGUUCACUGUCGAUUUUUUGUCGAAACCUACAACUUUGCUACUGAAUUUGCUGGAUAAAAACUCAUAUUAUCGCUUACUGACGGUCGUUUCGUACUGUAUAGUAUAUUCCGCAUUAUUUGUGUAUUGAAAAUUUGUUAUUUUUUGUUCAAUUUUAGUACUUAAAACGGGUAAAUAAUAAUUGCAGACAUAUACACACAUUCUGUAUAUGUCUAUAUUUUGUUCAAUUUUAGUACUUAAAACGGGUAAAUAAUAAUUGCAGACAUAUACACACAUUCUGUAUAUGUCUAUAUCUAUACAAAAACUAAUUGUAAUGCAGUGUAAAAGUAGACAUAAGCAAAAUUCUAUGGGAUGACAUACAGUGCAUGUAUGAAUGAUAUGAUAUAUAUAACUUAUAUUUUAGAUAAACUAAAACUGAUCAAGACAAAUUACCAACUGCCGGCAUCACUUCAGAUCACAGAUAGAGGGAGUACAUCUGAACCUCGGCAAUGGUUUCCUUGUUUAAAGAUCCAGAUGGAAGGGAUUCAUCAAUACAGCCACUUGUACCAUUAGCUGACCGUGUCAAUAAUGCUCAGGCAAUGGUGCUUGCAGUGAUAUCAGAAAACAACCUUCCCCUGUCAAUUGCACCAGUCUUGAUAAAUCUGGCAAAAGAACUCUCUAAAGACAAGAAAGUACUGGACAACCUGACCAUGGAUCGCACAACAGCCUCCUACAAGCUUACACAUGGUUUGAGUAAGACACUCUUGGACAGAACUUUAGCCGAAAUUAGGAAGUGUAAAUUUUCACUGAACAUAGAUGAAAGUACAAGCAACAGCCAUAAGCGCGUGUUCGCAAUCCUUGUAAGCUAUUUUUCUGAAACAGAGCAACAUGUUGUGGUCGAACAUUUAGCUUCCAUCGAAGUUAUUAAAGUUGAUACUAAAUCUCUCUAUAUUUUCACUGAACAUAGAUGAAAGUACAGGCA